GGUCCCGUGCAUGAAGCUUAGGGCCGGGGCUGACCAGCGGCCCCCGAACCACGGAUGAACGGAUCACUCAGACACAGUUUGACUGUGGGGAGAGGGCCAGAGCCGCCUCCAGUGCCUCCUCCUCAGGCCUUCAUCGGAAUUUCUAUCUUUAGAUCCAGUCAGCAGGGCCUCCUGCGUGCAGUACCGCCUGGUGGUCCGCGAGGUGCGCAGCCUUCAGAUCCUCCAGCUGUACACCUGCCUGGACCAGGUCCAGCACGUCGAGUGGUCGGCCGACUCCCUCUUCAUCCUGUGCGCCAUGUACAAGCGGGGGCUGGUGCAGGUGUGGUCGCUGGAGCAGCCCGAGUGGCAUUGCAGGAUCGACGAGGGCUCCGCGGGGCUGGUGGCCUCCUGCUGGAGCCCCGACGGGCGCCACAUCCUCAACACCACCGAGUUCCACCUGCGGAUCACCGUCUGGUCCUUGUGCACAAAGUCCGUCUCGUACAUCAAGUACCCGAAGGCCUGUCAGCAGGGAAUCGCCUUCUCCCGGGACGGCCGCUACCUGGCCUUGGCCGAGAGGCGGGACUGCAAGGACUACGUCAGCAUCUUCGUCUGCAGCGACUGGCAGCUGCUGCGGGAAAGUGCGCACGGGACACGCUAGCAACAUCGGCUACACGACAAGCACACGUCCCUUCCGACCGUCUGUUCCGACGUGACCUGCUUCUCCCCUUCCCGUGGCAGCACUUCGACACGGACACCCAGGACCUCGCCGGCAUCGAGUGGGCCCCCAACGGCUGCGUGCUGGCGGCGUGGGACACCUGCCUGGAGUACAAGGUCCUGCUCUACUCGCUGGACGGCCGGCUGCUGGCCGCGUUCUGCGCGUACGAGUGGUCCCUGGGCAUCAAGUCGGUGGCCUGGAGCCCCAGCAGUCAGUUCCUGGCAGUCGGGAGCUACGACGGGAAGGUGCGCAUCCUCAAUCACGUGACCUGGAAGAUGCUCACCGAGUUUGGGCACCCCGCGGCCAUCAGUGACCCGCGAGUGGUGGUGUACAAGGAAGCGGAGAAGAGCCCGCGGGGGGCGCUGGGCCGGCCCGCCUGCCCGCCACCCAGGGCCGCCGAGAGCAAGUAUGAGAUCGCCACGGGGCCGGUGUCCCUGCAGACGCUGAAGCCCGCUGCCGACCGAGCAAACCCCAAGAUCGGCGUCGGCGCGCUGGCCUUCAGUCCCGACAGCUACUUCCUGGCCACGAGGAACGACAACGUCCCGAACGCCGUGUGGGUCUGGGACAUGCAGAAGCUGCGGCUGUUUGUGGUGCUGGAGCAGCUGGGGCCCGUGCGCUCCUUCCAGUGGGACCCGCAGCAGCCCCGGCUGGCCAUCUGCUCGGGAGGCAGCAAGGUGUACCUGUGGUCGCCGGCGGGCUGCGUGUCCGUGCAGGUGCCCGGGGAAGGGGACUUCCAGGUCCUCUCUCUGUGCUGGCACGUCACGGGGGCCUCGCUGGCCCUGCUCAGCAAGGACCACUUCUGCCUGUGCUUCCUGGAGACGGAGGACGAGGCUGACGGCGCCCUCAGGCAGCUGGGCGCCCACACGUAGGACGAGUGGCGGCUGUGGGGAGGGAAGCAGACGCGGUGCCGCGUGGGAAGCGCGCUCGGGGCAGCUCUCGGGCCCCGUGGUCCGCGGCCAGUUUGCGUGUACUUUCCCACAGCGAGGCGUUCUUGUAAAUAUGUAUGGUGUGAAGCUGUAGUUUUUGUAAUUUAAAUGUUUGCUAAUUCAUAAAGGCUGACGCUGGUUUUCUCGGAGGGCUUGGU